CAUAGAAUCAAUCUAGUUCAUCAUGGCGUUCUGAUACGGCAGCUGGAGUUGGUUUCUCCGUCGGUCUUUCCCAAACCGUGAAUUUGCCAGUUUACAUGCUCUCUCGGGCUAUUUCGGAAAGUGCAGAAUACAAUAGCGUGUAAAGAUUAUUUUCUCUGUGAAGCAGAAUAAACUGUGAAAACUAUAUUACCCGCCAAAUAGGCUCUUUCCAAAGUCGCUCAUUCCUUGCUUGCUAUCCAAGUCGGAGAGAGAAAUUGUUCGGAAAGGAGAGGAGGGGUGGAAGAGGAGGCCCGUCUUUGAGCUGAUGCAGGCGCUAUGGCCAUAGCUGCGGCAUGGGAGUGACGUGAUAGCACGGACACGGUUUCCUAUACACAACCCCCACCACCAUGCUCUUCCCACUGAAGUAGAAGCAAGGGUGGAGACAAAGAAUGGAUGAGUCGGUGCUGUUGGACUUGCUGGAGUGCCCAGUGUGUUUGGAGCGGCUGGAUGCCACAGCCAAGGUCCUCCCUUGCCAGCAUACCUUCUGCAGGCGCUGCCUCCAGAGCAUUCUGGGCUCCCGGGGAGAGCUGCGCUGCCCAGAGUGUCGCACGCUGGUGGAGUGUGCUGUGGACGAGCUGCCCAGUAACAUCCUCCUGGUGCGGCUGCUGGACGGCAUCAAACAGAGGCCCCGCCGGGUGGGCCCCGUAGCUGGAGUCUGCGCCAAUGGCACAGCCGGCGUCAGGGUGCAGGGCAACGGGCCCAGAGACCCAGGAGUUCCAGGAGCACAGCCCCAGAGAGCCCAGGCUAAGACCACCCCAGUGAGGGUCUGUGUGAUCCCGGGCCACCCAGAACCAGCCUUCAACGCUGGAACGGGGCCAAUCAGCCAGGGUGUACCCCAGCUGCCCUGUGCCAAGGCCCUGUACAACUACGAUGGCAAGGAACCUGGGGACCUCAAGUUCAAUAAGGGUGACAUUAUCAUCCUCCGACGCCAGGUGGAUGAGAAUUGGUACCAUGGAGAGAUGGGCGGAGUCCACGGCUUUUUCCCCACCAACUUUGUUCAGAUCAUCAAGCCGCUUCCGCAGCCCCCGCCACAGUGCAAGGCCCUCUACGACUUUGAGCUGAAAGACAACGAGGCAGACAAGGACUGUCUGCCCUUCACUAAGGAUGAUAUUCUGACUGUGAUUCGCAGAGUGGACGAAAACUGGGCAGAGGGAAUGCUGGGGGAUAAAAUUGGAAUCUUCCCUAUAUCAUAUGUUGAGUUUAACACAGCAGCGCGUCAGCUGAUUGAGUUGGACAAGCCUGGGGACUCGAGUGGGGACUCUGGCGAGGGGGCCUCAUCGGGCCCCCAGAGUAACGGUGGCCCCCACCGAGCAGGGGAGAAGAAGAACAGUAAGAAGCGCCACUCGUUUACAUCCCUCACCAUGUCCCACAAGCCCUGUCUGGCCCCGCCCCCCCAGAGACACUCCAUGGAGAUCAGUGGGCCGGUCCUCAUCAGCUCCUCCAACCCCACGGCAGCCGCACGCAUCGGAGAGAUCAGCGGAGGACUGUCCUGCAGCGCACCCUCCCAGGUACACAUCUGUACAACUGGACUCCUAGUGACCCCUCCCCCCAGCAGUCCUGUUACUACUGCAACCGUGUUCACAUUUCCCCCAGAGGCAAGUUACGCAUCCAUUCCUGUGGAAGCUCUCCCUCCUCCCCCACCUCCUCCCCCACAAUCUUCAGCGCGGGGAGCAGCCUCCUCGUUGGCUGCUGGUCAGAGACCUUCCCCAAGCACAAGCGACCAGAGUGGGAGACAAAGACCCACAGUCUACGUGGCCCUGUUCCCCUACCCCCCCCGUAAGGAGGAUGAGUUGGAGCUGAGGAAGGGAGAGAUGUUCCUGGUGCUGGAGCGCUGUCAGGACGGAUGGUUCAAAGGCACCUCCAUGCACACUGGCAAGAUAGGAGUGUUCCCCGGCAACUACAUGAGCCCUGUCAGCAGGACGGCAUCAGGCAGCACCCAACCCAAGGUGCCCCUAACUCUGUGCACCCAGGCUGGCAGAGGGGUCACCAUCGUCAGCCCCUCCACUUCUCUGGGGGCCAUCGUUCCAGGGCCUGACUUAAACAAGUCACUGCCCAUCUGUCCUGGCCCUGACCCCUCCAGCCCUUUACCUGCUGCCAUGGUGACGGCUGCUCACGUGGCGACCGGACAGGCCAAGGUUCUCAUGCACAUGACCUCCCAGAUGACUGUUAACCAGGCACGCAACGCUGUCAGGACAGCAGCCUGCCAUAGUCAGGACCGGCCCACCGCUGCUGUGACACCCAUCCAGUCCCAGACCUCUGUAGCCUAUCUGCCCCACCUGGCUGUGUGCCAGUCCCAGCCCUCCUCCAACCCUGCCCAGGGCUGUGUCCGUGCCGGUGUGGCACUGGGCUGUGCCUCCGCCUCCCUCACCCCGCCCAACGUCAGUGCCGCCUCGCUGGAUCGUGAUGCCCUGCGACCAGUGGCAGACCUCACCAUGCCCGUCGCCCCAGGCAACAGCAACUCCACGUCAGCUAAUUCCUCCCUUGCCUGUCGGCUGGACAAGGACGGCAAGAGGGAGAAGAAAGGUCUUCUGAAGCUGUUGUCAUCUAACAAGAAGAAGUCUCGCCCUUCUCCCCCCUCCUCCCCCACCCUGGAGGCAGAACAGGCUGCUACAGGGGAGGUCUUCCAAAGGGCCAUGGGCCCCGACACCACCCCCCCCCCCUCGCUCUCCUCCACCACCGUUGGCAUGGGUAACCAUGGCCGUGCAGUCCCCUGCCCCGUGGAGCCUGAGCCUACUUUAGCCACCACCCCAGAGUUAACACAACGUAAGAGCAGUCCCCUGGAUGGCUGUGCCCCCAUCGCCCCGCCCCCUCGCCAGGCAUGCUCCUCCCUCAUCUCCCAGCAGCACGAUGCUCGGCCAAUCAUAUGCGAGAGGUACAGAGUGGUGGUGUCCUACCCCCCUCAGAGUGAGGCAGAGCUGGAACUGAAGGAGGGAGACAUAGUGUUUGUCCACAGGAAGAGAGAGGACGGCUGGUUCAAAGGAACACUCCAGAGGAACGGCAGGACCGGACUGUUCCCUGGCAGCUUCGUAGACAUCAUCUGACUGACCUUUUUGACUCACACUGGACCACAGUGGACCGACUGUGACCUGACCACACCAUGAACUGACCAUCAAUGGAACCACUUGGUUGUUGCCUUGUUUUAGGGUCAAACUGUGAGUCAACCAGGUCAGGUUGCUAGGCACAGUAACAUCAGAUGGAUCCAUACACAACCUUGUAAGAGGUCCUCAAAGCACAGAGGAGAUUGAUGAAAUAGUUUAAACAGAGCUGAAGAGAUGACUGGAGGACAACACACUACUCAUGUUGAUUUUAUUUUUGUCAGUUAUUUAUAUCUUUAACAAUUCAAAUCGUUAAAUGUGUGCCUUGUACUGUUCCUCACUUUAUUAAAUGUAAGAAACCAUAUGAACUGUUAAUAGAUGGAAAAUGACAAAUUGUAACUUAUUUUUUUGUUCUCUGGAAAAGAUGUGCUUGGCCUUUCGUUGUGUUUAUGGUUUCAAUUGACGCCUGCCUUAUGACACAUUUCCUAAAUCACUUUGUGCUCGACCCUUAUUGGCUGUGGUGCUGUAUGUUAAUACUGCACGGUGUCUGCUGAUUUUAAGAGCAAGCAAACAAUAUAGCAGAUGGGAGGAGAAUGAGUGAUGUCAUCAGCACAUACAGUGUAGCAAGAAAAGGGGUAGAGGUGGGCCCAAUUCCAAUCUGAUCCCUUGAGCCUAGUCUUCUAUUGACUGGAAGGAAUCAGCUAUAUGGCAGUAGCUCCAUACCCUCUGGUUGGGUAGUUUGAGUUUCUGAUUUAUUGCAAACACCUAGUCAUUUGAGAUCCAUGAGAGGCAGAGGACUUGAUUGGAAUUAGGCUCUGGACCCUCCAACAAUGGAAUUUGCACAACCUCAUCCUUUAUCCCAAACUGGGUUCUCUUUGAGCUUAUUGGAGAGCGAGAGAUGUCUUGGUAAAAUUAUUAUGCUGUUGAUGCUCUGAUGUCGGGUGAGGUUAUCAAAACGUUUCCUUAACGUUAGGAAAGCCGUCUGCUGUUGAUGUACAUUAUUAGGUACUGGGAGAGGGAUUUUAUGUUCUCGCCUUUUUUGAUGUGUUAAAACUAAAACACUCCAUAGAUCUUGCAAUCAAAUGUUACUUACUGUAUAUUCUUCUAUGUGUACUUAUUGAACAUCGUAGCUGCUCCCCCACUCCCAUAAUAGUAGACUAACCUUAUCGGACAUAGCUCUAGAUCUCAAGUGAACGACAGACAUCACAUACAGUACAGUAAACGUGCUACGACUCUGACAGCCACAUUUGAAUAAUAUAUUGAUAUUUAUAGCCGCAUGGAUCUAUACAACACCAGGUGCUCUGGACUGUGUCGCCUACAACAUGGAGAUGCAGCAAGACAUCUGACAGACCUGAUGUAUGUAUGACCUUCAUGGGUUCUCAACCCUCAUUUCAAUGAUUCAUUCAUUCCUAACGCGUCUUGUCACUACAAGACAAAUCACUGCUUACUUAUAAAGUACAGACUGUUUUCCUAAUGUAACAUUUCAUUAUCACUCCUCCAAUACAAGUUAGUAUAUUUAUCCUUGAAGUUGUGAGAGAAGGUUUUUUAAUACCGAUCCAUGACUUGGACCCUGUUGAUUCUUGGUUUUGUCUGAUUAAGCUGUACAGUGCAUCUAUUCAAUAUGUCUAAGUGUUCUGUAGACUUGCAUAUGAUUUGUGCGCGGUUGGUUGUUUUCUGUGUCUCAAAGCACAAAAAAAUAGGUGUGAUUUGAGUGGGUUUAGAGGAUGUGAAACCUCAGAGCCUUGGGUCCUACUUAUUUUCAACUCCUUUCAUUUCAAAGUAAUCCAGUGGGGGCGAAAUGGCACUCUUCACUCUCCCUCCCCCUUGUCCUCCUCCCUGUGCCUUUAGUCAUGGUAAUGAGAUUGACAGCACUGUUAGAAACAAAGACAGAAUCAUCAGGCACCACAUAAUGAGGAUUUGAUUUGAUCCAAUCUCAUAUUUGUUGGCAGUAGAGAACAGUUUAAAUUGGAUUAUAUUAGUCAAUGGUGGACAGUAAGUGGCUGUUCCAUUGUUAGUGGGCUGUGAGGGACGUCUGCCUAGCUUCACUAGAGUACACCAGGCAGACACCAACAGGCUAACAUCCUCUGUUUAUUCCUGCUGCAGCGUUUCUCCUAUCAGAUGCUGUGGUGCAGUAUCAACAGCUAAGGCUUCUGUCUAAAUGACAGAAUGGACCUUUAGGCACUAAUCCACCCCACCAAGCGGUUUGCCCUUAGCAACUGGGUGUCAACAGCAGUAAGUCUGAAGGGGUUUGGGGGUCACAUUUAAAGGUUGAGGACAUUUUAAACACCAGAUGGUGCUACAUUUUGGACCUGAGGGGAAUGUAGGUGACAAUUUUCCAAAGCGUGAUUGUUUGAUUGGGUGUUUGUGUCAGGCAGAGUAAUGGGGACCACUGUGUGUGACUAACUUCUGAAUAUGUUGUAGUUUAUGUUUUGACUGGUGGGUGGAGGCUGUAUAAAGUGGUACGAAACACUGUUCAGACCAGUUGCUUCUCAAUUUUCUUGUGUAGAAUGAACCUAAUGUUUUACUGUUGUCUUGGUAUUCUCCACCUCACCUCUUGUCUGGGUCUUGCUUACUGAUGAGCCUUUUUUUCAUACACACACACCCCAUACAUUUACACUUACCACACCAUCAGUAUAACCUGUAGUCAUUUUAGUCAUAUUUAUUUUCAUGUCUAUAGUUGGAUGAUCAAAUAAUGCUUAUUUUCUUUACAUUCUCUGACUGGCAAGAACAACCGAACCAGUUAAUUUCGGUGUUCCUGUGAACAUGUUUUUGCUGUCAUCUCAUGCCUUGUUGGAACACAAGAUAGCACUAAAGUUUGCUUUAUUAAACUAAACAGAUUCUCCUUAUGCCAAGGUGAUUUACUUGAUUUUUUGGGGUUAUUUUUAUAUAGUUAAGUCUGAUCAUGGAAAAAUUAGCAUCCACUUGUUAUUUGGUACAAUACUAUGUGCAAAACAUUCUUAAGUAUCGAAGGGAAUAGCACAUUUUUGUAAACAUGACUAUAACAAUAAAAGUGAAUGGUUUCCAUGGUUUU